AUGAGCUUGCCCUUCCUCUUCCUCCUCUUCCUCAGCCACCUGAUCGUCAGUGCUUGGGCUCACGGGGAGAAGCGUCUGGCCCCCAAAGGGCAACUCGGAUCGGCUGUCACGGACAAGAACCCGGGGGACUCCGGCAACCGUGGGAAUAGUAGUAGCACGCGUUGGUCCUCGUCUUCCUCUGCCUCCUCUUCCUCCGCCUCCCUGGCGUCUUCGGGCAGCCCGGGGAGCGGCGCGGAGCAGGGCAGCUUCCAGUGGAGCCCCUCGGGGCGUCGCACCGGCAGCCUUUACUGCAGAGUGGGCAUCGGGUUCCAUCUGCAGAUCUACCCGGAUGGCAAAGUCAAUGGCUCCCACGAAGCCAAUAUGUUAAGUAUUUUGGAAAUAUUUGCUGUGUCUCAGGGGAUUGUAGGAAUACGAGGAGUUUUCAGCAACAAAUUUUUAGCGAUGUCAAAAAAAGGAAAACUCCAUGCAAGUGCCAAAUUUACCGAUGACUGCAAGUUCAGGGAGCGAUUUCAAGAAAACAGCUAUAAUACCUAUGCUUCAGCAAUACACAGAACUGAAAAGACAGGGCGGGAGUGGUAUGUGGCCCUGAAUAAAAGAGGGAAAGCCAAAAGAGGCUGCAGCCCGCGUGUGAAACCACAGCAUAUAUCCACCCACUUUCUACCAAGAUUCAAGCAAUCUGAACAGCCAGAACUUUCUUUCACAGUUACCGUUCCUGAAAAGAAAAAGCCACCUAACCCUGUCAAGCCAAAGGUCCCUUUGUCUACACCUCGAAAAAAUCCCAAUACAGUGAAAUACAGACUCAAGUUCCGCUUUGGAUAA